UCUCUAUCUCUCUUUCUGUCUCUCUCGCGCGUAGGCUAUUUAUUAUUCCUUUGCUGGCCCUUUCAACACCCCCCGAAGCUUCUUCCCCGAAGAGAAGAAGCGAGCCAGAGCCAGCCGCUUGAAAAAGAUCACUUCUCAUCGCACUCUAAUCUUUGUCUUCGUCUUCCCAAUCUGCGACACAUCACCAUCACCGACCUCGUUUUCAAUCCGGACGCACAAACUCAUUAGGUCUCGACCUCACCGAUCUGUCUCUCUCAAUUCUUAACUCCGAUUGCUGAUUGAUUGGGUGAGUUUCGUGGCGGAGUGAUGGCGCUCUCGGCCUCCGACCUGCCGGCGAUGUACAAUUUGCUUGCCAAUUCGCUCAGCGGUGACCAGAGCUUGCGCAAGCCGGCGGAGUCCGCUCUUGCGCAGUCCGAGAGCCGGCCCGGUUUCUGCUCGCUGCUCAUGGAAGUUAUAACUGCGAGGGAUUUGGCGGCGCAAGUUGAUGUUCGGCUACUCGCUUCUGUGUACUUCAAGAACUGCCUCAAUAAGUAUUGGAGGAACCGGCGUGAUUCCGGGGGAAUCAGCAAUGAAGAGAAAAUACAUUUGAGACAAAAACUUCUGUCAUACUUGAGAGAGGAGAACUAUCAGAUUGCACUUACAUUGGCUGUGCUCAUCUCAAAAAUUGCUCGGAUUGAUUAUCCCAGAGAAUGGCCGGAUCUCUUUUCAGUUUUAGCUCAACAGCUUCAGCCGGCGGAUACUCUUACUUCCCACAGGAUCUUUAUGAUUCUCUUCCGAACGUUGAAGGAGUUGUCUACUAAACGUCUUACUUCUGAUCAAAAAAAUUUUGCUGAGAUAUCAUCUCAGUUCUUUGAUUAUAGUUGGCGCCUCUGGCAGAGUGAUCUGCAGACCAUUCUGCAUGGUUUCUCCCUACUUGCUCAGAACUUGAGUUCGAAUACUUCAGAGCUGCGUCAUGAUGAUCUUUACCUUAAAUGUGAAAGAUGGCUUUUAUGUGCAAAAAUAAUACGACAAUUGAUACUUUCUGGGUUUCCAAGUGAUGCUAAAUCAAUACAGGAGGUACGGCCAGUCAAGGAGGUGUCUCCUGUUCUUUUGAGUGCCAUUCAGUCAUUUCUUCCAUAUUAUUCAUCUUUCAAGGAACAUAAUCCUAAAUUUUGGGAAUUCUUGACGAGGGCAUGCACUAAAAUGAUGAAAAUUUUAGUUGCAGUGCAGAGCAGACAUCCUUAUUCCUUUGGUGAUAAAAGUGUUCUUCCGCCCGUUAUGGACUUUUGUUUGAAUAAGAUCACAGACCCUGAACCGGAUAUAGUCUCAUUUGAACAAUUCCUCAUUCAGUGCAUGAAGUUGGUUAAAUCUGUACUGGAAUGUAAAGAAUACAAGCCAAGUUUGACUGGUCGUGUGAUGGAUGAAAAUGGAAUUACCCUUGAGCAGAUGAAGAAAAAUGUUUCUAGUGUUGUUGCUGGUGUUGUUACUUCCCUUUUGCCUAGUGAUCGUAUAGUACUAUUGUGCAAUGUGCUGAUAAGGAGGUAUUUUGUCUUAACAGCAACUGAUUUGGAGGCAUGGUACGAGAACCCUGAAUCUUUUCACCAUGAGCAGGAUUCGAUGUUGUGGGCAGAAAAAUUGAGGCCUUGUGCUGAAGCUCUAUACAUUGUUUUGUUUGAAAAUCAUAGUCAGCUGCUAGGACCUGUUGUGGUUUCAAUUCUUCAGGAGGCAAUGAAUAGUUGCCCUUCUUCAGUCACUGAAAUCACUCCAGGAUUACUUCUUAAGGAUGCUGCUUAUGGUGCUGCUGCAUAUGUUUAUUAUGAGCUUUCAAAUUACCUGAGCUUCAAAGAAUGGUUCAAUGGUGCUCUAUCGCUAGAACUCACAAAUGAUAAUCCAAAUAUGAGAAUCAUCCAUAGGAAAGUUGCACUAAUUCUCGGCCAAUGGGUUUCUGAGAUUAAAGAUGACACCAGGAGACCGGUAUACUGUGCCGUGAUCAAAUUGCUUCAGGACUCAGACCUCUGUGUCAGGCUGGCAGCAUCUCGUUCUCUAUGCUUUCUGGUUGAAGAUGCAAACUUCUCAGAGACAGACUUUUCUGAUCUUCUUCCUAUAUGUUGGGAUUUAUGUUUUAAACUAGUGGAGGAAGUCCAGGAAUUUGACUCGAAGGUUCAAGUUUUAAAUUCAAUAUCGAUUCUUACUGCACAUAUUGGUGAAAUCAUUCCAUAUGCAAACAAGUUGGUGCAAUUUUUUCAGAAGGCCUGGGAGGAAUCAUCUGGAGAGAGCCUUCUGCAAAUUCAGCUACUCAGUGCUCUAAAGAACUUUGUGGUCACACUUGGUUACCAGUCACCCAUUUGUUACAACAUGCUGCUGCCCAUUCUGCGAAGUGGGAUUGAUGUGGAUAGCCCAGAUGAACUUGUGGAAGACAGCAUGCUGUUAUGGGAAGCCACACUUUCUCAUGCCCCUUCAAUGGUGCCUGAGCUAUUAGGUUAUUUCCCUUGCCUGCUGGAAAUUCUGGAAAGAAGUUUUGAUCACUUGAAGGUUGCUGCAAAUAUCAUUGAAAGCUACAUCAUUCUGGGUGGAAAUAAUUUUCUCGGUUUGCAUGCUUCUGGCGUUGCUAAGCUUCUUGAUCUGGUUGUUGGCAAUGUUAAUGAUAGGGGCUUGCUUUCAAUUCUUCCUGUCAUUGAAAUUCUUAUUCAGUGUUUCCCGAUGGAGGUGCCUUCCUUGAUUAGCAGCACUAUUCAGAAAUUAAUUGUUAUAUGCUUGGCUGGAGGUGAUGACCGUGAUCCUUCAAAGACAGCUGUGAAGGCAUCUUCAGCAGCCAUCCUGGCUAGGAUUUUGGUAACAAAUACCAAUUUUCUAGCCCAGAUAACAUCAGAGCCAUCACUAUUGUUACUCCUCCAGAAGGCAGGAUUCUCAAUUGAUGAAAACAUACUUCUUUGUCUGGUUGACAUAUGGCUAGACAAGGUUGAUAAUGUAACUUCUAUCCAAAGAAAGGCAUUUGGUUUAGCCCUUUCCAUAAUUUUGACAUUGAGGUUGCCUCAAGUUCUCGAUAAACUGGAUCAAAUCCUAAGUGCAUGCACAAGUGUAAUAUUGGGUGGAAAUGAAGAGUAUACUGAGGAAGAGUCCAGUAGUGAUAAUUCAAGCCCCAGAAGACCCCAUCUUCCGAGCAAAGAGUUCCAGAAAAGACAGAUCAAGCUGUCAGACCCUAUAAACAAGUUGUCUUUAGAGAACUCAGUGAGAGAGAAUCUUCAAACUUGUGCUGCUCUUCAUGGGGACUCUUUCAAUUCGGCCAUUGGUAGAAUGCAUCCUGCGGCAUUCACCCAGCUAAAGCAGGCAUUGAAAAUGCCGUAGGCUGGAUUGCUGUAUCCAAAUCUUCUGGUGGUGCCAGCCCAUGCUCCAAUUUUCCGAUUUAUCCAUUUUCUAUAUUACAGAAAGAGAAUAUAUAGGGGUGAUUUUGAAGCUUCCUUGGUUGACAUUUGGUGUUGGCGGUGGAAUUUUGAAUUCUUUCAUUUUGUUUUCUUUUUCAAUUCUUACAUUAGUAGUUAAGAAUGAAUUGUCAAGUGUUGUAAGUAAAUGUUUCCUGGCGCCACAAACUGUAAAUAGCGGGAUCCCAUAUGACAGUGUGGCACAGGGCUUGACAACUUCUAAAAGCACCCAGGCAUUGCAGUGAGUGAGUGAGUGAGUGAGUGAUAAAGAGAGAGGAGAGAGAGAGGGAAAAGAGAGACUUGUUGAGCUUUGUUAAUCCAACCAAAAGAAAAAAGAUUUUGAUGGUGCAUUUGUGUUUUGCACUGUGAAUCCUCCUCAAACGUACAAGUUAAAAAAGCACCGAUAGAUGGAUACUACCUUUGUCGUCGUGUA